CCCAUAUCUUCAAUUUGUCAAUGCCUCGACUCUCAUGAAUCUAACUCCGGCGAAGCGGGUCACAGUCCAGGUCCGGACUCUGGCUGAUCGUCGCAUUUCUCUGAUUCUACCAAAGCGUUUAUACACGUCGAAUCCCGCGAAUGCUGUGACUAACGACAACCGGGCAACCAAGAAGCCUGAAUUUCACGACUACUUUGUUACGCACUUACCAUCUUCCUCUCUUCACCCAGAUCCCCGGGCACCAGUCAACCCUUUCUACAAACUUCCUCGCUCCGCCUCCGUUCCUCAUACUGGAGAGUCAUCUCACCCCCCAGCCUCCUUCCAGCCGCUCGUCGCCCGGGAGACGACUGUCGUCCGCAUCCCUCUUCGCAGCGCGAAACACCACUUCGGCGCCUCUACUUCCCGCGGAACUCGCCCGGAGAAUGAAGAUACAUAUCAAGCUGGCGUGAUCGACAUCCCUGCCUUUGCGAAGCGUCCCCCUGCGUCCCUGACGAUCAAACGAUCGGGUGCCAAUGGAUCCCCUGCACCCCGCGAGAGUCAAGGGGCGGAGACUGCUAGUGGCGAUCCACAGGUUUUCUAUUUCUCAAUAUUCGACGGCCACGGGGGGAACGAAUGUAGCACGUUUCUACAGCACACUCUUCAUGAGUACAUACAGGAUUCGGCAGCGAUGUUCGAGCUCCAGUCCAGUCUGAAGAAAAACCGGGAUGGCCAUUAUUCCAAGGACACAGAUCCGUCUACUGGGGAUUUGCCGAUUCUGCAAGACGGCAACUCGCACCGAAUCGGGGAACUAGAAAAACAACUCGUCCGAGAUUGGCGAACCAUAGUCGGAGGGUACUUCAAGAGAUUUGUGCCUCCUCACUUCUCACAUAUUGGAAGAGGUGCCCGCGGAGAGCCAAAGGCACUGUCCGACCUACCUGAAGGUGUUACCAUCGAAGAGGUCCUCGAAUACGCCUUCCUCUGUGCCGAUCUGGAAUUUGUGUCGGCACAAGCGGCGAAACAAAGCGAUGAAUUGGAGAAUGUGGGUCAUCCUCUAUACCAGGACAAUAUCCUCUACGGCCGUGAUCGUACACCGUCUCUAAAUAUUGGGGGAGUAAGACGAUUCAAGGGAGGUAGCACGGCUAGCGUCGCACUCAUAUCUACCCCAACGCCGACCCCUUUCUGGCAUCCGUCUAGCCCAUCUAGUCUGUUGGUGUCUCAUGUCGGCGACACACGGAUACUAUUAUGCUCUACAGAGACAGGCGAAGCCAUCCCGCUGACUUCCAACCAUCAUCCGUCGUCACCGAUUGAGGCGAGUCGCUUACGACGAUAUGCCACUACCUUCGUGACUGACUCAUUUGGAGAAGAGCGCAUGAGCGGAUUGGCCAACACGCGAGCCUUUGGUGAUGUUCAGUCGAAACGGAUUGGCGUAUCAGCCGAGCCAGAGCUCCGAAGGAUUGAGAUGGCACCUGCGGAGUACUCAUUUUUGGUCCUCAUGUCGGAUGGCAUCAGUGGAACGCUCGGUGACCAAGAAGUCGUUGACAUCGUCAAGGAGGCCAGGACUCCCGAGCAGGGGUCUCGGGAUGUGGUCAACUUUGCGAACGAAGUGACCAAGGAGGGAGACAAUGCUACCUGCCUUGUCGUCCGACUAGGCGGUUGGGAACGACGACUUGAGGGCGGUUUGGGAAGCAUGGGAACGAAGGAAUCUCGAGAAUGGCGCCGACAAGAAGCGACUGAUCCACGUCGGUCACGGCGAUGACCGUGAGGACGAACUUAAUGCUAACUUGAGGAUAUGUACAUAUUGUUCUUAUUACUACUUCUUUUACUUUGAUGAACUUUGACUGGUCACACUGUAC